AUAAGAUCCCGAGCGGAAGGAAGGGUUUUUCUCCAGUCGGAGCCCUCAGUUGUGGUUGUUGUGCCACUAGGACGCGUGGGACUUGAUGGCGCAAUUCGUAUGGCUAGCCGACGAACGCCUUGACACGCUCUUCUCAGCACACCUCACAGUGGCAGCAGGACCCCACGGUUUUCUACUUCCCCCAGGAAUGUGAUCGGCGGAGGAUAUAAAGGCCGUACCCCGGCGGUGUCAAAUCCAGAUUUGGAAAGGUCCCUCAGUUCUUCGCAGAGGCAAGGGCAGAGUCAAAGGCACCUCCACAGCAGCAUUCAUCAGAUCCGAAUAGAGUAUCAUGACCGAGACGCGGGGCGCCAAUGAUGGGAACUACAGGGCCUGGAGCCUAUUCAUAAUAGCGACCGUAGCCUUGAUUUCCGCGCAACCUGUCCAAGCAACGCCUCUUCCUUUGCUUUUCAGGCGCAAUGAAGUUAGUUCGGCUCCAGUCACGAAGUACGGUCCGGCGUAUGGGAGCCAUGGUGCGGUGGCCACCGAGUCUGGAAUCUGCUCCAACGUCGGAGUUGAGAUUCUAAAGGCGAAUGGCAGCGCCGUCGAUGCAACCAUCGCAUCUGCUCUGUGCACGGGAGUGGUAAAUGCAUUCUCCUCCGGCAUUGGGGGUGGUGGGUUUAUGAUCGUUCGUACGCCGAAGGGACAUGCAGAAAUCAUCGACUUCCGGGAGACGGCACCGGCGUCUGCGAAUGAAACGCUGUUCGUUCCCAACCCUAAACUCUCUCAGAUCGGCGGUUUGGGCGUGGGUGUCCCUGGGGAGAUCAGGGGCUUCGAGUUGGCACACAAGCGUUACGGGACGCUCCCUUGGGCUCGUUUGUUCGACCCAUCGAUCAAGCUGGCCCGUGAUGGAUUCCCCGUAACAACCGAGUUGGCCUACCGCCUCUCCGUCUCCCCCUGGAUUCUCAACAACACAAACUUCGCCGCCAUUUACGCACCCAAAGGUGCGCUUUUGAAGGAAGGAGAGGAGUUCAAGAAUCCGGUGCUUGCCAAGACCUUGGAGACAAUCGCGAAGAAGGGCGCGUCAGCGUACUACAAGGGUGACAUUGCUAAAGCCAUCGCAAAGGCCGUGCAACAAAACGGAGGGAUUAUUACCACUCGCGAUCUGGCCAACUACUCUGCAAAACUCCGCAAGCCCCUCAAAGGAUGGUACCAAGGACUUGAGAUCAUCACGCCGCCGCCCCCGUCGUCCGGGGCCAUUCUGCUGAGCGUUCUGAAUAUCGUAGAACGAUACAAUUUCGCAAAGGACGGUCUCACAGGCCUGAACCUUCACCGUCUCAUUGAGGCCUUCAAGUUCGGUUAUGCGCAGAGAACGGAGCUAGGCGAUCCUCAAUUCGUUAAGGACAUUGAGGCGCGCGUGAAAGAGUUCAUCGAUAAGGAGACGGCGGCCAACAUCCGUGCCAACAUUUCGGACACAAGGACGUUCGAGCCGGGAUACUACCGACCGAAGUAUGACGGGGAAGAGACCCCAGGAACGGCUCACAUCAGCGCAAUUGACCGGCACGGUCUAGCCGUCGGACUGACCUCGACCGUCAAUCUGAUCUUCGGAUCGCAAGUCCGCGAUAAUGUGACCGGCAUCAUCUUUAACAACGAGAUGGAUGAUUUCGCCACCCCCGGUGUACCGAAUGCGUUCGGGUUUCCGCCCUCGCCAAACAACCUUAUCCGGCCGGGCAAGCGCCCGUUGUCCAGCAUGGUUCCGACCAUCAUUUUGCGCGACGGUAAACUGGAGACGGUCGUCGGAGCCAGUGGCGGCUCGCGGAUCAUCACAGCUACCGCGCAAGCUAUCCUCGAUACAUACGAUUUCGGAGCGGAUGUUUUCAAAACUGUCGCGGAUCCUCGUGCUCACCACCAGCUCAUUCCCAACAUCGCCAACUUGGAUUUCGACUAUAGUAAGACUCUCGCGCAAGCUCUCCGCGACAGAGGGCACAACGUAACCUUCUCUGCAAACGGCGCAAGAACAUCAAACGUUCAAAUCGUGACGCUCUUUCCCAACGGCACGUAUGCCGCUGCUAGCGACCCUCGCAAGAAUGGCCAAGCAAGCGCCUACUAAGUUCAUCAAAACGCCCUCUCGAUCCGUUCCGUUGCUGACGCUCCUUCCUUCUCGCUGUCGCUUACGGGUAUUCCGCUUUGCUUCCGCCUUCACGAAUCACCACAUGUAUUAUACAGUAUGACCAUAAAUGUACAUCUUGCACAUGCAAACCGCCCACGAAUCAUAUAAAACCGAUUAAUCUGACUGGAUCAUCAC